UUUGCAUAUUUUUCAAUUUUACUAGAUUUCACAAGGAGCAUCUCUUAACGAUCUACAGAAAAAGAAGAGGCGUGCACCUCUUCCACCAACUCAGUCUGCUCCACCUACUCCUGCCAUGCCAAAUAGGAGGGAAGAGAUGGAAGACAAGAGGAAGAGCACAAUGGGUGAUGGACGGCAGGUGCCACAAAAGCCUCCUAGGGGCCCCACUCGUGACCCACCCCAGUUAGUGAUCCCCCCACCCCCACCUUACCCUCCUCCUGAAAGAGACAAUAUGGAUCCAGCAGUCUCUUACAGAGAAGCAGAUGUUACAGCACCAACAAAACUGGUACCUAAACAGAUCCUGCUGCCUGCACAUGAUAAUUUUUAUGUAGUGGAUGAUACAGUUACGGAGCUAUCAGAAGUAGAAGAAACAGCAUCAGAAAGCAGCUGCUUUGCAUCUGAGGACACUACUGAAGACUCAGGUGUAGUGAGCUCCCCUUCUGACAUUGUGUCACUGGAUUCACAAAAUGACAGUAUGAAGUUGAGAGACAUCAGGCUGGUGAAUGGCUAUGUGGACUCAGACAUGCUCUAUGGUACAGAGACUUGCUCUGUAAAGAACACGUACUGCGAUAAUGUGGGAUAUGCCAGUACUCCACACAGGUAAGAAUUCAUUUGAAGCCAACUCUUGG